UUGUUAAUGAAUCUCAUACUUCUUGGAAGUACCUUGCAAUAGUCACAUAUGCUUUGAUUGCAGCAAAAAUGAAGUUGGGGUGAGAGCACAGUUCUUCUUACAAGUUUGCAUUAUCCACUACUGAUAUUGAUAUAUUUGUAGUAUUACCAGUGUAGUGAUGCCAAAUCAUAACAGUGAAUCAAACACACAUUCAACAAAUAGAGCAACAAUAACAAGUAGAAAAAUAAGAACGAGUGCAUAACUAGCAUUAGAAAUUGAAAGUUUAAAAAAUUGCAGCAAUGUAAAAAAAACAAACAAACAAGCAAUCAUUCUUUUUUCAUAAUAAUCCUGUAUAUAAACAAAUAAUCAAUAACACGCACGCGCGCGCACACACACACACACACACACACAGCAAACAAAUACAAGCAUAAAAUUAUAAACAACCGAAAUAUUUCCAAGUUACGAUUCCAUUUCCCAAAUGUAACCCCCUUAUUAACGAGUGUUUCGCUAUACUCACACCUGUACUCAUAUUCACUCCAAAUUUGGAGUGUCUUGAAUGAGCUGGGUAAAAGUAGGCGGAAAAUAUUGUUGCCUGAAACUAAUAUUAGCUCCACCCAUUUCGUUUGCUUUCCUAUUCAGCCUUACUUUCACUUUCGUUUUCACUAUUACUAUAACUAUUUCACCACUACCUCGUUGCCAUUCAACCAGUCGCUUCACUGUCAUCGUUACUGAUACACACAGCUUCCACAGCUACAUUCAUUGUAUUUAGAAGCUGUCGGGGCUGUCACUGCUUCUUACGCUGCUUACUCUCCGCCGCUGACGUUGCUGUCGUUGCUGACAUUGUCAUUGGGAUAUUUCGGUAUCUCCAGCAUACUGUUAAAGCUUAGUUCAAUGUGCAGGGCUUUGUGUUGUGCAGGAAAUUACCUUCUCGUGACGCUGCAGCAGCAACAGCCGCAACAGCAAGAAGAAGAACAGCUGCAAGAAGACGAGCAGAGUCUACAGUUACAUCAAGUAACACCAACGAUGGGUUUGAAACGCAUGUUUGGAUUUGGAGAAAUGCAAAGCGACGAACCUGAAUUGAGUCAGGAACAAAAAGAGGAGCUCUACGAAGCCUUCAAAUUGUUUAAAAGUCGGAAAGACAAGAUGUCGGUUUUAGACAUUGGCGAAUUUCUUCGUUGUAUCGGAUGGAAUCCAUCAGAAUCAGAUUUGGAGGAAGCUAUGAAUGAACUAGAAAUUAAUGGGAAAGGUGAAGUAUAUCUCUGGGACCUGGAACGUUACGUGGCCAGAAGAAGCGCCGACUGUGUGACAGGUCACGAGAGAACGGACCUGCUGGCUGCUUUCAACGUCUUAGACAAAACGGGAUGCGGUAAAAUUCGUAUAAAAGAUUUCCGUCGUUUCAUGACGACUCUCGGGGACAAAAUGGCUCCCGAUGAAGUCGAAGAAUUAUUGAAAGAGGCGAAAUCUGAAGAUACAGACUUUAUUGAGGUCAAAGAUUUAUUGGAAGCAAUGAGUCUAUCGACCUGAUUCCCUUCACUGGUUUCUUUGACUUGGUACUUCACCCUUUCCUGAACCUCUCCAGAUUCGGAUUAUGGAUAUCUCUGUGAAUGAUGACGUCGACAUCUUUGUUUUUCCUAAAGAAAGCCGAACUCUACUUAUUUAUCUGUGUAAUUAUUAAUGGUUUCCGAAGAACUGAUAAUCUAGCCUCUAUUUUGUUGAUUUUGGAUGAACAGAUGAUUUCUCUGUUGGAUUUCGGGAACAUGUGUGUAGGAAAAGAAAGAAUGAAUGAAAGAAAAGAAGAAAGAGAAAAGGAAGAAAGAGAGAAAGAAAGGAAACGAGAGAGAAAGAAAAAGAAAAGGAGAGAAAUGCUAAUUUUUUUUGGGGUGGGGAAGAACUGUUGGCGGUGAAUUUUGCGGCUCGCGAUGAGAUAUGUUCUCGUUUUCCAAAUUUCAAGUGACACUUACUUUCACACUCAUCUGAGUGACACAUACUGGAGUAAGACUUUAUGAGGAUUUUUUUUUAGUGAUUCUUUAUGAACAUUUAUAUUAAAUGACAUCUACUUGGAUGAACUCAUGCACUUAAAAAAAGUACUUGAAGUUGGUGCUU